UGCAGACUGAUCACAUCUCACAACUACUCUCUCCACUUUCUUUGUAUAAAACAGAACGGAUCAGAUCCUCUUUCAAGAAUAUCAAGGUGUGAAGAUGCUUCAGAGGAAACUAUUAGUUUUUUUUGUCUUGCUGUGUGCCACUGCCAUUGGAGUCUUUUCUAGAGCUUCGUGGAUUUUAAAUGUGUACCAGGAUUUCUUCCCCCCUCAGAAUGAAAGUGUUUGUGCCUGCAACAAAUGUUUAAUGGAAUAUGACCCAUGGCUUAGUGAACUUAUGAAAGAAUCUCCUGAGCCCUUUCUAUCACCCACAAACAAUAUCUCAGAGGAUACAUUUAAUUGGUGGAAGAAAAUACAGACAGACAGACGCAGCUUCGCUUUCUACAAUAAAACAGUGAACAAGGUUUUUCAGAUCUUCCCAACCAAAGUCAAUUUCACAAGAUCCAGCCCUGACCUUUGUAGAACUUGUGCUGUGGUUGGGAAUUCUGGUAAUCUCAAUGGAUCGCGUUAUGGACCACUGAUAGACUUUCAUGAUAUUGUCAUAAGAAUAAACCUUGGGCCCACAAAAGGCUUUGAAAGAGAUGUUGGAAACAAAACAACAUACCAUGUGAUGUAUCCAAGGAGUUUCAAAAAAUUGGACAACACCACACAUCUUGUGUUUUUUCCAUUCAAAAUUUCCGAUCUACUGUGGCUUAUCCGGUCUUUUACUCAAAGGCAAAAAGAAACUGCUAAAUCAGGUGUGAAAACUAACACGAAUUUGGUGAUGAUCCUCAGCCCUGCUUUCAUGAAAUAUGUCCAUUAUGUUUGGCUAGAAAAGCAUGGGAGGUAUCCAUCCACUGGCUUUCUGACUUUGGUUCUCAGCUUGUACUUGUGUGAUGAGGUUAAUGUGUUUGGAUUUGGAGCAGACAAGAAAGGAAACUGGAAUCAUUACUAUGAGGAAAUCAAAAACACACGUCUGAGAACUGGACAACAUCCUGGAAAGCUGGAAUAUCAAUAUAUCGAGAAACUUCAUAAGCAACGGAAAAUUCAUUUUUUCAGAGGAUGGUAAUCUGGCUUUUGGUGUCCCUCGAGGGCAUUAAGAUAAGCAGCCCCCAGAACUGUAGAAUUAAAAUACUUAAGAAUAGUAGAUCUAAAAAGAAAAAAAAAAAGUGUA